UGACGUUACGUCGCAGCCGCCUCGGUUAUGGCAAGUGACAGAGGUUGAGGAAGAAGAGGGGAAACUUUUUCAGCUGCUAGUUGCUGUUGGUAUUUUUUAUGCUUGAUAACAACACCAGUAUCACAUUCUCCCAACUUGACAGUGAUUCAGCGUUGUUGUCGUCUGAGUGAGACCGUGUUUCGUGUGAGGCUAAAGUCGUGAACGGUGGUCUGUCGGUCUCGAAGUAGCUGAGUACACCAGAAGUUUGUUCGACUUCGAGUAAAUACGUAGAGUCGCCGAAGAGGAGAAGCUAUGACAAACAGAGAAGACGAAUACGACUAUCUUUUUAAAGUGGUGCUGAUCGGAGAUUCAGGUGUAGGGAAGAGUAACCUGCUGUCUCGUUUCACCCGGAAUGAGUUCAACCUGGAGAGCAAGAGCACCAUCGGGGUGGAGUUUGCCACCCGUAGCAUCCAGGUAGAAGGCAAGACCGUCAAGGCUCAGAUCUGGGACACAGCUGGACAGGAGCGAUACCGUGCAAUCACUUCUGCGUACUACCGUGGAGCAGUUGGAGCUCUCUUGGUUUAUGACAUUGCCAAGCACCUGACAUAUGAAAAUGCUGAGCGCUGGCUGAAGGAACUGCAGGACCACGCUGACAGCAACAUAGUCAUCAUGCUAGUGGGCAACAAAAGUGAUCUACGCCACCUAAGGGCGGUACCCACAGAUGAGGCCAAGGCCUUUGCAGAGAAGCAUGGCUUGUCUUUCCUGGAGACAUCAGCGUUAGACUCCUCUAAUGUGGAGCUGGCUUUUCAGACUAUUCUCACAGCCAUCUACAACAUUGUGUCACAGCGGCAGAUGUCGGGGCGAAGCGACUCAGACUUCUCACCAGCCUCCAACGUAGUGCCCAUCACGGUUGAGCCCACUCAAAACGCAGCCAGUAAGGGUGUCUGCUGCCAGUCCAACUGAGACCUUACCACUGACCUCCUUCACCUCCAGGCAAUUGGAGAAACAGCCAGAUAGACAACAGGGACAGACAAAUGGAAAAGGGAAAUUGAGAGACAGGUAGAGAUAACCAUUUCACACAAGGACACUUGUAUCGAGGUUGAUUUUUUUUAUAUGUCUGGUUAAGAAAACUUAAUACAGUAUGAAGAGGGGGGCCAGUGAAGAAUAGAUAGUAAAGAGGGGGGGAGGAUUAGUAUCACUGGAAAGAAAACAGUUGAGACGCACUGUGCAUUAAGAGGUACAUGAUCAGAACUGAUUGAUAAUCUAAAGAAAAACUUAACACAUUAUAAAAGGUCCCUUUUGUAUCUCAUCCCGAUUUUUGUCUUUGCAAACUGUCUCCCAUUUGAAAGCUCUAUUUUAUAAGCCAGUAAAUUCUUUCCCUCAGUUUCCCACUUCCAGGAUAUUUGGCAAUAAAAAUUCACAUCCAAAAGACUGAACUGCAUCCCCUCGCCACUGUCAUUCCCAUUUUCCCUAAAUGUAUAUUUAGAAAGUAAUGUCCCUUACAAUAUUUAUUGAACACUAGACUAAGGUCUCAUUGGCCAAAGGGUUUACAAUUUAACACUAGUUGGUUAGAUUCCAUACUGUUCGCUUCACAGCGAAGGGAGCUUUCUUUCUUUUUGAUGCUUUUGUGUUUGCCCACAACAAUAUCUCUAUGUGAAGAAACUUGUAAGGGCAACUACUCCUCACUAAUGGAGGAGCAAGGGCUUAAGUCACUUUUCCUAAAUGCACAUGCUGGAAUUUGGUCGACGUUGGUUGGUUCAAGUUGUGUUCCACCAGACCACUCAGAGCAAUAACCCCCCCCCCCCCCCCCCCCC